AGAGGUACUGGCUUGACUUGGGUCUCUCUGGCAUCUGGUUGUCAAACAUGCACGCGCAAACACAAGAGAGCGCUGCACCGAGCUGCGAGCACGCGCGUUGCGCGCACACACUACGCGGAACACCUGCACGCGCUGCCGCGUCGGAGGAGCGCUGAACACACACGCCAUUUAUUUAAAGAGGAGAGCGUUGCAUCUGCUUAUUAUUUUCUAAAGCGAAAACAUCUCAUCUGCUAAUCGUCUUCGAAGGGGAAGUAUCAAGCUUGACAGAUGUGUGCUGUCACCCGCGCGGAGUGUGCGCCGGUGGAGGAGCGCCUCUGAUGCGCUGCGGGUCAGUGUGUGUGUGCGCGCUCGCCGGAGGAGAGCAUGAGUCUGCUGGCGCUGCUGGCUCGAGUCAUGCGCUGUCUGCUGCUGCGGCCCGAGGCUCUGCUGCUGCUGUGCGUCAGUCUGGCCCUCUGGAGCUUCCUCUUCCACACGGAUGAGGUCAAGACCAUCGUGCAGUCCAGCCGCGACGCGGUGAACCUGAUGAAGGGCAAGGUGGCGGAGAUGAUGCAGAGCGAGCGCGCGGCGCUGGACGAGGAGUUCUCGAAGACAUGGCAGUACCGGAGCAGCGGCGCAGCGGUGUACUCCAUCCAGGGCAGGAGGGACCAUAUGGAGGACAGGUUCGGCAUCCUCGCGGACACGCUCAACAAGAGCCAUCCGACCAUCUUCGGCGUCUUCGAUGGGCAUGGUGGAGAGGCAGCUGCAGAGUACGCCAAGUCUCAUCUUCCCAUCAUGUUGCGGCAGCAGCUCCAGCGCUAUGAGAAGCAGAAAGAAAACAGCGCUCUUACUCAUAAGUCCAUCCUCAAGCAGCAGAUACUCAACAUGGACAAAGAGAUCCUGGAGAAACUGUCGGCCUCCUAUGAUGAAGCAGGUACCACGUGUCUGGUGGCUCUGCUGUCUGAGAAGGACUUGACUGUCGCUAAUGUUGGCGAUUCGAGGGCAGUGCUGUGUGAUAAAGACGGUAAUGCCGUCCCGCUGUCACAUGACCACAAACCCUACCAGGUCAAAGAGCGAAAGAGAAUCAAGAAAGGAGGUGGCUUCAUCAGUUUCAACGGCUCCUGGCGUGUACAAGGCGUUCUCGCCAUGUCUCGUUCACUUGGUGACUAUCCGCUAAAGAAGCUGAAAGUGCUGAUCCCUGACCCUGAUGUGCUGACCUUCGACUUGGAAAAGCUGCAGCCUCAGUUCAUGAUUCUGGCCUCAGAUGGACUCUGGGACGCCUUUAGCAGCGAGGAAGCCGUGCACUUCAUCAAAGAGCGUCUGGAUGAGCCUCACUUCGGUGCGAAGAGCAUCGUCCUGCAGUCCUUCUACCGCGGCUGUCCAGACAACAUCACCGUGAUGGUGGUCAAGUUCAGAAAGAGAGGCUCCAAAGCUGCUGGCUAGUGAAGACGGCUCAGCUCUCACAUGCAAUCAUGCAAUGCAAACCAAUAUUUGAAUGACUUGAUGAGCGAUUAUCAUUAUGCAUAACUUUAAUGUUAGAUAAAAAUGAUAAAAGACUAUUUUGUGGAGAAGCAACAAUUUGUCUUUAAAUUGAAUGGUGCAGAUUUAAGCAAUCACUUCUUCGUUAAAGGUACAGUUCCCCCAUGGAACAGAAAAAUAGAAUUUUUGAAGAAUCUCUACACAGGUGCAACAAAUAUCAUCAUUAUCCCUCUCUCCGAUGGACUGAGCUGGAAAGUUGUCAUUUCAUCUGUUUUUAUCUGUCAGGUUGGUUUUAAUUUCUCAUGUAAUAUUUUCAAUAAUUAACAGUAGGUUGUGUUAAGAAGUAACCCAGCUCAUACAUAUGGUGUGUAAAUCAUGAAUCAUGGAGAAACAGGUAAACUGUGAUAGUGAUAAUGUCUGUCAAGUAACCUCCGCUGCAGCUCUCGAAUGCACUGUAUUCAAAUACAAGCUCUUUAUUUCUGUGCUAGUGCAAACUUUUCUGCUGAAUGCACUCUUUGCCCCAUACAGCAAAUCAAUGGAUGCUUGAAUAUAAUACAGAUAAAUACACACAAAUGUUGUCACGUAAUGCACAGAGACGAGAAGGUAAGAUCCAAGCGCAGCUUUUAAUAGGACAAUCCAAAAUCGUAUUCCAGAAACAGGCAAGGGUCAAACUCAACAGAACAGUCCACACUGAACAGUAAACCAGGAAUACAAAGUGCACAUAACACACAUUAACAAUCCACAAACAAAGGCAGAAACAACUCAGUAUAAAUAGACAGACACUAAUGACAAAACUCAAGACAGCUGGUGCAAUGAAGGGAUAAUGAGUCCGGGAAGUGGUUAUGGGAAAUGAAGUCCAAAAGUGAAAACAAGAGUCCGGGUUGGAGUGCCCUCUAGUGGCUGAUUAGGGCACUCCCACUAGUGAUCAUGACAAAUGUAAAGAAUAAAUGUUAAUUUCUCUUCUUUGAACUGGUGCAGCACAUUCAAUGCGCUAACAAAACUUGUCAGAAUCUGAACAUUUACUGAAAUUUGGCGGAGGGGGGAAUUAUCAGUGAAUAAAUAAAAUGUGUAUCUGUUUCUCACACAAAGCAUCAUGUGACAUGUUGACCUCAGUCGAUUCUUCAUUCCAAACUCAUUUCAUAAGUUACAGAAGUGGUCAUAUUAAACAUGCAGUGAAGUGACGUGUGUUUCCGUUUAUAUCGAGACAUUUAUACCAAGCAAAAGUUUCAUUUGUUUAAGCCUAUAACUGUCAGUGGUGUACGUGGUGAUCGUUUCAGAAACACAUCAGCACACACUGUUACACUUUAUUUAAAGUGUCUUUAUUACAGUGUAAUUAUAGUUAAUUAAUGGGUUUUGGUUUAGGGUUAAUUGCAUGUAAUUAUGCAUACAUGUAACAAGGACACUGUAAAAUAAAGUGUUUCCAAACUACUUUACUAAAACAUAUUUCAGGUAUAUCUGACUUUCACAGCCUUGACUUGACUCUGUAUGAUCAUUGGACGAUUUUAAUCCAAGUAUGUUGCCUUAUUUUAAUGAACAUGCUUUUCUAUCUCUCUCUAUCAUGAGUUUAUUUGCCAGAAGUGUUGUGUUGUCCAGAAUUUGUGUUUACAGUGUCCGGAGGUUCAUAUUAAAUGUCAGUGUGUUAUUUUACAUAUUGAUGUCUCUCUGAGACGAAGAAUAACAAAAUGAAUGUUUAUAUUAAAUAUUAACACAAGUUGAUGCAAUAUCGGUCAAUGGAGCCAGACUUUCAGCUUCAAAAUCAUCAUCAAAUAAUGUCAUGACGCUUCUGGAAAUCAGGCUCCAUUGACUGAUAUUAUUCCUGUGCAUGUGUUUAUCAAUUAUGGCAAUUGGUGAGACAUGCAUAUUUAAUAAAAAUAAAGAAUGACUCUCAAUCAA